AUGUCACCGUCUAAAAUGCACAAUAAUGACCUGUUUUCAUGGUUUUUCAUAUAUCUUCGCAUCUAA